AUGCGCGUAGGCAUCCAUACUGGGCGCGUGCUGUGCGGCGUGCUGGGCCUGCGCAAGUGGCAGUAUGACGUUUGGUCAAAUGACGUCACUCUUGCUAAUAAUAUGGAAGCUGGAGGGGAACCUGGGCGGGUGCACAUUACUCAAGCGACGCUGGAGUGCCUGGGAGGCGCGUACGAAGUGGAGCCGGGGCACGGCGCUAGUCGCAACGCGUACUUACGGGAUCAUUCCAUACAGACCUACUUUAUUAUUCCUCCUCCCAGGCGGAGAAAGAUGUGCCUGACAGCCGGAAUGGGUCUAAGUACAGGGUCCCGGAGGAAACUCUCGUUCAAAAACGUUUCAAACGUUGUAGUACAAUUAUUGCAUUCGAUAAAAUUCAAUGUCGAUGUGCCAUUUUCAAACAUGGCCGCUUCGCCACAGGAGCUCAAAGCUAACGCCGCUAGAAAGGUGCAAGACUUGCGUCGCGCGCUGCACGCCGAGCCGGGCUCCGCGGAGGCUCUGCGGCUGGCUGCCCUGAAGGACGACGUGAGCGCGCUGCACCGCCCCCCGCCGCCCUCGCCCCCUGCCUCCGCCCCGCACCAACACACCUUCGACGCCGUCAUGCAACACCACGCACUACGCACACAUGCAACGAAUAAAGUGACGGAGAAGUUUAAGCGGCCUUUGAAAAAGCGUCAUUCCUCUGUGUACCACCAGCCCACGAACCGCGUCAACAAGUACCUGGCGCAGGCCAUUGACGCGCGCUCCGUGCACCGCGAAAAGGCCACGCACGUGCACUUGCUGACACUUUGCUUUAAGGAACCUGAUAAAGAAGAACAGUAUCGCGCUUCAACAGACGGUGGAUGGGCUGGUUCUUUGAGUGCUGCUUUGGGUGCUUUAGUCGCAGCUGGAGCGCUCCAAGCCGCAAUACUACCACGGACAUUGAUCCUUCUUAUACUCUUCGUAAUCGCCUUCGUGUGGUCUGCUGCUGUACUCGUUCUGACUUUGGCAGCCAGGUUAAGACUCAUACCCUGUGAUGUAUCAAGACCCUUUGCUCUAAGGAAUGCCAUUACUACGUUCACUAUUGUUUUGGGCUACGCUGUCGGACAAGCUAACGUGUUGUCAUGCCAACCGGUAAACGUGUGCGGCAACCUAACGGAGAACACCACGACCAUGGAUGGACUGAGAUCUCUUAGAGGGGAUGCGGUAUCCGCUCUAUGGAGCAGUCCGGACAUUCAUCGCAUGUGCCCUAUACCACUUUACAUAACUCUCGGGUGCUGCUUGAGUAUGUUAACCGUCGCUGUCUUCUUGCGAUUACCGAUAUUGAUAAAGGGGAUUUUACUGGCGGUGAUGACGGCAGGAUAUGUCGCUGUGAUGCUGAUUUACCAUAAAUACCUGUUCGAUUGCUACGAUCUUAUGACUGAUUCGGGCGUAGUUAGUUCGGCAUACGUGUCAAGUGCGUGGGCGGUGGCUCUGGCACUUGCUGUGCUGCUGCAUGCGAGGCAGACCGAGUGGACGGCGAGGCUCGACUUCUUGUGGCAGGUGCAGGCCAGGGAUGAGAAGCGGGACAUGGAUGCGUUACAGGCAUCAAACAGAAGAAUACUUUUUAAUCUGCUCCCUGCACACGUGGCUACACAUUUCUUGGACAAUCAGUUCAGGACAAAUAUGGACCUCUACCACCAGUCGUACCACCGGGCCGGAGUGGUCUUCGCCUCCAUCACCAACUACCACGAGUUCUACAUGGAGCUCGACGGCAACAACCAGGGAAUGGAGUGUCUGAGGCUGUUGAAUGAAAUUAUUGCCGAUUUUGAUGAGUUACUCGGCGAAGAACGAUUCAGUGCGAUUGACAAAAUAAAAACUGUCGGUUCAACGUACAUGGCAGCGGUCGGUCUAAUACCGGACAAGAAGAUGGCCGACGACCCGAGCACAAAGAAACAUUUAGCGACACUUGUGGAAUUUGUCUUCGCUAUGAGAGAUAAACUUAAAGAUAUUAAUGAUAAUUCUUAUAACAACUUCAUGUUACGAGUUGGCAUAAACGUCGGACCAGUCGUGGCCGGCGUGAUCGGGGCGAGGAAACCCCAAUAUGACAUUUGGGGCAACACCGUGAACGUCGCGUCUCGCAUGGACUCCACGGGGUUGCCCAACCACACUCAGGUCACGGAGGAAGUCUUCCAGGCCCUCAAAGACUUGCCUUAUCAAUUCGUGUGUCGGGGGAAGGUCAAAGUGAAGGGUAAGGGGGAAAUGACAACCUAUUUCUUGACAGACCGAGCGCCCACGAGCACCAACAACCACCAUAUUAUCAGUAAUCCAGCUAAUCCGCCAAAUCCUCCCACCGCCUACGGCGGCGUAGCGACUCCUUUAGCCAUGUUGCAAAACUCGGCGCGAAGAGCCGUAGCGCCCGCGUCAAGACUUCCACCCUUACGAGAGGCGACCACCGCCGGAGAGAAUGAGCCACUGCUCCCAAACAACCACCAGAACGGCAACAAGGGCAACAAAGGACGCAGAAAUAACGUCGAAGAUACUCCCCCUCCGCCCCCACCCCACGGUAUAAACGGCAAUCCGAGGUGGCCUCCCCCGAGAGCUCUGGUUCCUCCCUGGCCUAGACCCCAGGAGCCUCGACCGCCGGUCGCCCACAAGAGGAGAGCUCCCCCCAGGUUACCCAGACCGAGAUCCAGCGAAAGUUUGCCCUUAGCGAGAAGUCCGAGGGUCCACUCGUCCGCCGACGAACUCAGUUCGCUGACGCGCUCCCCGAGUCUGAGCUCCUCCGACGAGAGUUAUUCCCGGACGACUGACGCUUCCCCUUCACCCCCGCGAGCCGCCCAAUGGCAGCCCCCUCGACCUCAAAAAGUCGAAAUAAACCCGAACCCGGGAUACGACUAUUACUCCCCCGUCAGAAAGGAGUCCCCCAACAUCAUUUACGACUUCUAUCUUAAGCACAGAUUGAAUAAAAAGCCGUCUCUCGAUGACAAACUCCUCGAUGGCAGUAUAAACCUUCACAAAGAUGACGACAAAUUGCAGAGGAGCAUAUUGAAUAUGCAUCAGAUGUCCGCCAAGAGAGACGGCAGCAGCCAAACGGAUAAAAAAGACGUCCCGCACAGAUUUACGCAAAGGACGAGCUCGUUUUCGAGUUCGGGUAGUCGUCCGACUAAUUUGAAACAUUUGAACGAUGCAAGGGAAGUCUUCACUAAACGCAGCCCUUCUGACAUCGCCUGUGUUCCGCCAUUCGAAAGGGAGAUACAGAGACUACUCGACGAUAAGAAUCUCGUGUUGAAUUCUCCAAAAAUCGAAAGAAAGGAUUUGAAAUUGGACCUAAGGGCAGCGAACGCGUGCGUCGAAGCAGUGCGCGCGAGCAACAACAACAGCAGUCCGCUGCACGCAGUGGGUUUGGCCGCCAUCACCCACUUGGCCAGGAACGACCCUCCCGUCCUCGCGCACCCCCCCGUGUUACCCUCUCCCCGGACGGACUUCCCGGGCGUCCUGCCCACGGAUGUAGUCGUGGACUUGCCUUCACCGACGCAUUCCAAGCAGAGCACCAAUCCUCCACCACGAAAGGAACCUGAAAUUACCAAAGAAAAGCGAGAAAAUGUGGAAAGACUACAUCACCGGGUACCCCACCAUCGAGAAUUAGGUGUUUACGGAGAGAGUCAAUCCGAGUGGAGUUCCUCGUGCUCCGAAGGAGAGGGAGAGGGAGAAUGCGGACAACCGGAGAGCACGGGCUACACCACAGACGACCCAGCUCUGGAAAACGUGUCUAUGCUCAACGAAGCCGGUCUGACGGACGCCGAGGCGGCCCUGAGCGACGUCAACUCCUGUUACUUCGACCGGGAUGAUGAUAUCUCUUCCCGGGCGUCCUCUCGUCUCUUGGACUCGGAGGCUCUGGUCUCCUUGGAGUCCCUCAGCGCUAUUUAUGACUCGGACGAACCGGCUCACAGGUAUUUGGCGAACAUUCGAACUGUCAGCGAAUCCAUCACCAGGAACUUCGGCCAGUCCGCUCACAUGACCGACGGCGAGAGCGACGUUUGA